CUCAGCCGUGCGUCAGCACCGCACGCUGCGCUGGGCGGGUCUGUUUCGCUGGAGCUGAUGGAGGCCGCGGCUGGUGCGGCGGCCGCGGCGGCUCCGGCCGUGGAUGGCGACCCCGGGCCUGGACAGGAGCUCCUAGUGGCCUGGAAUACCGUGAGCUCCGGUUUGGUGCCGACGGCUGCGCUGGGGCUGGCAUCUUCCCGGACCAGCGGUUCGGUCCCCCCGAAGGAGGAGGAGCUCCGAGCGGCGGUGGAGGUUCUUAGGGGCCAUGGUCUGCACUCUAUCCUGGAGGAAUGGUUCGUGGAGGUGCUGCAGAACGACCUGCAGGCCAACAUCGCCCCUGAGUUCUGGAAUGCCAUCUCCCAGCGCGAGAACUCUGUCGAUGAACCCCAGUGCCUUCUGCUGCUCCUCGACGCGUUCGGUCUGCUGGAGAGCCGCCUAGAUCCCUACCUGCGUAGCCUGGAACUCCUGGAGAAAUGGACUCGCCUGGGCCUGCUGAUGGGCACUGGAGCUCAGGGGCUUCGGGAAAAAGUCCAAACCAUGUUGCGGGGAGUCUUGUUCUUUUCCACCCCCAGGACCUUCCAGGAGAUGGUCCAGCGCCUUUAUGGCCGUUUUCUGAGAGUCUAUAUGCAGAGCAAGAGAAAAGGGGAAGGGGGCACAGACCCUGAACUGGAGGGGGAAUUGGAUAGCCGCUAUGCCCGCCGCAGGUAUUACCGGCUCCUGCAGAGCCCUCUGUGUGCAGGAUGUGGCAGUGACAAGCAGCAGUGCUGGUGCCGCCAGGCACUGGAGCAGUUCCACCAGCUCAGCCAGGUCCUGCAUAGGCUCAGUCUGCUGGAGCGGGUCAGUGCUGAGGCUGUGACCACCACUCUGCAUCAGGUGACCCGGGAGAGGAUGGAAGACCGCUGCAGAGGCGAGUAUGAGCGCUCCUUCCUGCGGGAGUUCCACAAGUGGAUCGAAAGGGUAGUUGGCUGGCUUGGCAAGGUUUUCCUGCAGGACAGCCCCACUAGGCCAGCAUCUCCAGAGGCUGGGAACACGCUGCGCCGUUGGCGCUGCCACGUACAGAGAUUCUUCUACCGCAUCUACGCUGGCCUUCGUAUUGAGGAACUCUUCAGCAUCAUCCGAGACUUCCCAGACUCUCGGCCAGCUGUUGAGGACCUCAAGUACUGCCUGGAGAGGACAGACCAGAGGCAACAGCUGCUCAUUUCUCUUAAGGCAGCCCUAGAGACUCGGCUCCUCCACCCAGGUGUCAACACAUGUGACAUUAUCACUCUGUACAUCUCUGCCAUCAAGGCACUUCGUGUGUUGGACCCCUCCAUGGUCAUCUUGGAGGUGGCUUGUGAGCCCAUCCGCCGAUACCUGAGGACACGAGAGGACACAGUGCGGCAGAUUGUGGCUGGGCUGACGGGGGACUCAGAUGGGACUGGGGACUUGGCUGUUGAGUUGUCCAAGACUGAUCCAGCCAACCUGGAGACUGGCCAGGACAGCGAGGAUGAUUCUGGCGAGCCUGAGGAUUGGGUCCCUGAUCCUGUGGAUGCUGAUCCAGGAAAGUCAAGUUCUAAGCGGCGCUCUUCGGACAUUAUCAGCCUGCUGGUCAGCAUCUAUGGCAGCAAGGACCUCUUUAUCAAUGAAUACCGUUCACUGCUGGCCGAUCGCCUCCUCCACCAGUUCAGCUUUAGUCCUGAGAGGGAGAUCCGAAAUGUGGAGCUGUUGAAGCUACGCUUUGGAGAAGCCCCCAUGCACUUCUGUGAGGUCAUGCUCAAGGAUAUGGCAGAUUCCCGCCGCAUCAAUGCCAAUAUCCGAGAGGAGGAUGAGAAGCGACCUGUGGAGGAGCAGCCACCUUUUGGUGUCUAUGCCGUCAUCCUGUCCAGUGAAUUUUGGCCUCCCUUCAAGGAUGAGAAGCUGGAGGUCCCUGAGGACAUCAGGGCUGCCCUGGAGGUUUACUGCAAGAAGUAUGAGAAACUGAAGGCAAUGAGGACCCUCAGCUGGAAACAUACCCUGGGCCUAGUGACAAUGGAUGUAGAGCUGGCUGACCGCACCCUGUCUGUGGCCGUGACCCCUGUGCAGGCAGUAAUUUUACUCUAUUUCCAGGACCAAGCCAGCUGGACUCUAGAGGAGCUGAGCAAGGUGGUGAAGAUGCCUGUGGCACUGCUGCGGAGGCGCAUGUCAGUGUGGCUGCAGCAGGGUGUGCUUCGAGAGGAGCCUCCAGGCACUUUCUCUGUCAUUGAGGAAGAGCGGCCUCAGGACCGAGACAACAUGGUGCUUAUUGACAGCGAUGAUGAGAGUGACUCUGGCAUGGCCUCCCAGGCUGACCAAAAGGAGGAAGAGUUGUUGCUCUUCUGGACUUACAUCCAAGCCAUGUUGACCAACCUAGAGAGCCUCUCGCUAGAGCGCAUCUACAGUAUGCUCCGCAUGUUCGUGAUGACUGGCCCAGCGCUGGCUGAGAUUGACCUGCAGGAGCUCCAGGGUUACCUGCAGAAGAAGGUCCGUGACCAGCAGCUCAUCUACUCUGCAGGUGUCUACCGCCUGCCUAAGAGCUGUAGCUGAUCGCUCCUGCUAGGCCCUGACCCACAGCAUCCAUGCCUGUGUCCCCCCUGGAUGGAGAGUCCCUGUGCCCAGCCCUCUCCCCCAUCCCCUGCCUGCUCUUCAAGAGUACAGAUUAAAGCAGAUUGGUUUAACCUUUCA